AUGGCAUCACGCAUCCUCCGACCGGCAAUGCGCCUGUCCUCAUCCUCAGCUGCUCUUACAUCGCGAAGCUUCCAAACUUCCACUCGAAGAUCCGCAGAAAUCGCCGCUCCUUUGCCAGUACGGAAGCCAGUUGGUGCAUUUAGAGGAGGACUUUUCGGAUUUCUUCUAGGAAGCACACUAGCAGGAGCAGGUGUUUACUAUUAUGUUCUUGACGAGUACAAGGUUUCGAAUGGGUUGCUCUCUGAGGAUAUCUAUAGCUUGCAAGCAUCGGUACAACGCGUCCAUAGCUAUGUUCAGACCCUGGAGGAGAAGCUUUCUGAGUUGGAAAAGAAGAAAAAGUGA